AAGGCCGGAAACAUUAGACAGCGGAAAAGACGCAAACUAGAAAUUCUCAAAGUAGGCUAUUUCUGAAAUAACUAGCUAGCAGUCAUGUCGAGCAAAGAUAUAUUUCAGACACAGUUAUCCCACAUUAUGGGGUUAUUAGUUGAAUCAACAGUUAGGGAGAUGGGGCGACUCCUCGACGUGUGUGCUGCUGUUUUGGAGAAUAAAGACAACCGUUUACUGGAGAGAGAAAUGGAGCGUGUGAAUACAACCAACAAAAUGAAGUUUGCGUCAUUCAUGGAAGUGUUGAGUAAAAGCUCGAUGGAGAAAAUAUCGUUACUCGUGACCGUGGACGAGAUGGAGGUGAGAGCGGUGGAGAACACUGGUGGAGAAGGUGCGAGCGGUGGAGAAGAAGUAAACUCGUUUAACCCAGAAGUAAAAUCUCGUGUAAUUAUAAUCUGUCCUGGAGAUGUUAGAGAAGCAGUUGCGACACAAAAAGGAGCAGUAAAGGAUGAGGGAUCUUCUGAGUCUGACAGUCAGGAGGAAGACCCUGGCCUUGCACCCCUGCCCUCACCUUCAUCAGACGAGGAAUGGCUCCCCGAUGCUGACCUUGACCCUCAGGCGCCAUCUGCAUCUAGGUUGAAGAUACCCAGAUCUGCAUCAGACCCAGACAAACAAGACGCAGGUAGGGAUGGGGAAGAUCCAGAGGUCCAAUGUGGGGAUUCUGCAGACGCCGCCCACCAGGGGCCCCUCAUCUGUUCCCAUUGUGGAAAAUGUUUCAAGGAGAAAUGGUAUCUGACGAGACACAUUCAGUCCCAUACAAAGUCCUACAGAUGCUCUCAUUGUGGGAAAGGUUUUAAUCUGGCUAAACAGCUUGCGAAACAUUCAAUUAAACACCUAGAGAACACCUUCAGUUGUACCGAUUGCGAUGCAGUGUUUCGCCAGAAAUGUACUUUGCAGUCUCACAAGAAACGUCACAAAACGGAGAAAACGGUCACAUGCGCGGUUUGUGAAAAAAGGUUUGUAGGGGAAAGGCACAAGUGCAUUGUAAAAAGGAGGACAUUCAGCUGCUCUUCCUGCCCAAAGGUCUUAAAGACCAGAGAAGGAUUGUCUUAUCACCAGGGAACACACUCCGGGGAGAGGAAGUAUUGCUGUGAAACAUGUGGCAAAACAUUUUUCACCGCAGUGUCCUUAAAAACCCAUAUGAUGACUCAUAAAGAAAAGGAUCGUAGCUGUACUGUGUGUGGCCAACCUUUCAACAAUGGACAUGCUCUCAGAAAGCACAUGGUAGCCAGCCAUCCUGGAGAAACGCCGGAGAAACGCUUCGUCUGCGACGUGUGCGGCAAAUGUUUCGCCAAGAGAGACCAUCUGUAUAAACACAUGAGGAGACACAAGGAAGAAAAACCUUUUUCUUGCGACGUUUGCGGCAAGAAGUUUCAUUCUUCGGGUAAUUGCAAAAGACACGAGAUAACGCACACGGGUGAGAAAUUGUAUCACUGUGACCUUUGUGGUAAAAGUUUCACCCAGUCCGGAACCCUGACCAUACAUAAACUAAACACGCACACAGACGGUGAAGAAAAGCCUUCUUUCAAGUGUGAGAUUUGUGGGGAAGUUUUUCCAAGACGUUACACCCUAAAAAAUCACAUGGUCACUCACACAGGGAAGAAACCGUGUCAUUGUAGCGUUUGUGGGAAAGGUUUCUUUAGCAAUCCUACCCUUAAAGCUCACAUGCUCAUUCACACCGGGGAGAAACCGUUCGAGUGUGAUCAAUGUAGGAAAAGGUUCACCCAGUCAAGUCAUCUAAAAUAUCACGAGCGCCAUGUGCACGCCGGUGUCAAACCAUUCGUGUGCGACAUCUGUGGGAAGGCCUAUGCAAAUAGACAGAAUCUGAAACUCCACAAGUGCAGUGCUACUGCUAAACAGUAGCGCCACAACUAGGUAAUUGGCACCCUGUCAAUGACCAAUAUAUUUUUGAAUGGACCCAUUCCAAUAAAUACCGAGGGUCUUAUUCUGGUGACAUGUUGAUCGAUCUUUGGCUGCCGUUUUGACAAAUAAAAAUGAUCUCUUUUUUUUUUUGUCCAUAAUCAUCUCAUCAUGUA